AUGCCCUUGACGCUCCUACACCUCAGCGACGAAAUCAUUCAACAUAUCGCUUACUAUGUCCAUCUCGACAAUGAGAUUCCUUUACCAAGCUUUAACCCUCAUUGGGCCAAUUUCAAAGAUGAAAUCGAUCCAGCCAAUCAAAAGGACUAUAUCUCUUUCAGAUCCACUUGUAAACGGAUCCGAGAGCUCUGCCCGCUGAGAGGUUUGAACGUCGUCAUGAAAUCUUGGGUUAAAUUACUGAAAUGGUCGGUGGAAGCUCCAGUGGCUGUGAUGGAAGCAGUCAGGAGGAUGGUCAUUGAUAUCGAUCGACUCGAUCUGCCAAAAGGGGAAGCACUGGCUAAAUACAGCAUUGUACCCAUCUGGCAUACCCUUACUUCGUUUCUUCGUUCGCUUCAUAACAUCCAAGAGCUCAUCAUUCGUAAGACUCCCUUAUGUCAACACGGCCCUGCAAUCCUCACACCAUCAGCGAUCUAUGGACUUGAAGGCAUGUACUUCCUUCCAAAGGUGGAAUCAAUAUCAUUUGAGACCCGCUGCCGCCUUUGCUGUAAUCAAGUACCUAAAUUGUUCGUUCCCGCCAUUAAUCAUUUAGAACACCUCAAAGUGUCACCUUCGAAGUCACGUCAGGAGCUCUAUGGUACAAAAAAGGCUCGAUUGAUCAAGACUGAUAACAAUUUCUACGAAAAUAUCCAUACUUUACACCUGAAGACAUUCGUUUUGGUGGAUCGACUCGAAGUGCUAGACCAGAUCUCGAAAAACUGUCCAUCAAUCCACAAUUUGUAUCUCACAGCAUAUGAUGCUGAUGAUAAUUACGUCGUCGGUUCAUGCACCAUCUUUUGUCAUCAAUCUCUUACCACAGGUGAAUGGUCAUUCAAAAUGAACGCGGAAAGUUAUUUGGAUUAUUUUGAGCAGGCCGAUCCUGUCAAUGAAUGGGGAAGCGAUCAGACUUUCGACACAUUCCUAGAAGUUAUAUCUAGAUUCGAAUACCUUGAAGAACUCGACUGCCUUAUUGAUUUCAAGCUAAAAGGGAGAACACUGGACCCGGUCUACCCUUCUGAUUCCAAGAAAUCUGAAUACUACCAAUAUAGAAGCUCACUUCUCUCGUCAAAAUCAAAGUCAGCCGACGAGGGUGACGUUGAUGAGAAGAGUAAAUCAGCAAUGAUCGCUGCCGCGAAGCUCUUCGCGGCAACUGUACCCACAUUGCGUAUAGGAUAUUUCUGGGCCUACAUCCCUCAACAUCCCCUAUUUGAAAAGGGCUUUUGGCGAAGGUGGAGAUGGACCUGUAAAAGAGGUGAGAACGAGGUGUCCGUGGAGUUGAAUGACUUGCCAGAAGAGUUCAAGGAUUCCUGGAUGAACAAUGAUAAUGGUUCUAGAGAUUGGGAUUUUGUGGCACAACAAGGAGAAGACGAAGAUGAUUAA